CUUCAUCUUGGUAUUGCCACUGAGUACCCCAAUCUGCCACCUUGUCAGACACCUUAAACCCUCGUGAACUCACACAGUCAAAACUCCUUGAAUAAUGCAGACCAAGCUUCCCCCUUUACUCCAAGCGACUUCAGGCGCUCUUGGCUCUGCUGUUGGGAACUGUAUCGUAUUUCCCCUCGAUGUAGCUACCACCCGUAUGCAGCAUGCUUCCAAGAAACCAAAAGCCAUGCGUUUAUCACUCAUUCUUACACUGCAUCGUCUGCUAUCUCGUCGCCACGCCAUGACUAGAAUAUACAGCGGUCUCAAAGCCGACACCUUAUCCACUUUGCUAUCUAGCUUCAUCUACUUUUACACCUACACUGCUCUGCAAAAAGGUCUCCAUCAAUAUCGUCUGAAACAAGCAAUCUAUCAAGCCGCACCAUCGCCAGCAGGUGUAGGUGGUUUAUCCAGUAAAGCAUCUGAUACUGCGAGUACCGAACGAACGCCGCUUGAAGAGCUCAUUAUUGGUGUUCUUGCUGGAGUCACAUCUAAGGGCAUCACUCUGCCUAUAUCGACCGUCAGUGUGCGACAACAGGUCAGCGAAUCUGGGGAAGACGAAAAGCGGUCAGCCUUGCAGACCCUCUUGGCGAUAAACAAGGAAGACGGAAUCAGAGGGCUAUUCUCCGGUUUUGGUCCUACAAUCCCUUUAACAUUGUUACCUUCAUUAACGUUAUAUAUUCACUCGUUUCUACUCAGAAUUCUGGUGCCCGAAAGGCAUCGUGCCCAUCCUCCAGGGGUUGUAACAUUUUUCUUAGGAGCGUUAUCCAAUGCUCUUGCCACGAUACCCCUGUACCCGUUAAUCUUGGUCAAGGUACUGUACCAGUCCGGCAAAGAGAAGGAAAAUGACAAGGAAAAUCAAGAAGAGAGUAUGUUCAGCACCAUAAGGAAAUUUAUCAGAAAAGAAGGUAUCGAGGGAUUGUAUGUCGGUCUUGAAGGGCAAUUGGUCAAAGGAUUUGUAUCGCAAGGCGUCAUGAUGUUGGUCAAACAAAGAGUGGAGGAAAGGACUAUCAGAUUCUAUCGCGCUCGAUCAUAAUUUGAACUCUUGUUUUGAAUUCAGAGAACAUAAUGCCAAUCAUAUGCACUUCAUCAUU